AUGCCUACCGAAGAACCGAAUGACGAAGAAACGAAACAGUUUCUUGAGAGGCCUGAUGAUUUUUUGCUGAAAAGCUUCCCUUCACAGGUUCAAGCUACAGUAGUUAUGGCGAUCAUUGAUGUACUAUCAACUCAUUCGCCCGAUGAGGAGUAUAUCGGAGAGGAAAUACAGCCUUAUUGGGCAGAUGAUAAAGUUAUUAAUGCUGCGUUCGAACGGUUUAAUGGCAGAAUGAAGGUGAUCGAAGGGAUUAUUGAUGCUAGAAACGCAGACACGAAUUUGCGGAAUAGGGCAGGGGCUGGAGUGGUGCCGUACCAGCUUCUCAAGCCGUUUUCUGGACCUGGUGUGACGGGGAAGGGUGUUCCGAAUAGUAUUUCGAUUUAG